AAAUCAUGCCCACUUCACGUUUCCGAUUGUGUUAUUUUUAAUUAAAGUUUUUUCAACUGGGACAAAUAAAGUUCUAAUCUUUGUCUGUGUUCGUAGGCGUCUUUUUUUUUUUUAAGUCAUUUUUAUUGGGUAUAUACUCGUCGGCGAUGCCGUCACCGGUGACAGUGGCCAGGCAAUGCUUGACGCCGGAGGCAUCCAACGCACUUGACGAGGCAGUUGGGGUAGCUUGUCGAAGGGGUCAUGCCCAGACCACCUCACUUCACGCGGUGUCGGCACUCUUGUCGCUCUCUUCUCCCCCUUUGCGUGAGGCCUGCGCGCGGGCUCGGAACGCUACGUACUCCUCGCGCCUUCAGUUCAAGGCACUGGACCUGUGCCUGAGCGUAUCGCUGGAUCGCGUGCCGUCGAGUCAGUAGGUCGGGCAUGAACCGCCCUGUCGAACUCGCUCAUGGCGGCAAUAAAACGGUCCCAAGCCA